UCUGUCUUAUUUCACUCUGGACCUGUGUCCAAACGUACGUACCUCAAACUCUGUUGCAUGGGAAUGCUGUUACAAUGCUCAUACUCAUUUGAAAAUAUUUCCACAAAUAUGGAGGAGCAUACAGCCUGUGUCUUUUACUGCUUGUCAUCCCUUGCAUCACCAGUAACUACAAAUGGACAAGUCUUGAACAUUUUGUCCCCUGAGAAUUGUGACAUUGAAAUUUUAGACAAUGGAAGGACCAUCAAUGAUUUCAUAGACAAUAAAAUAGAGGAACUUGGUUCAAAGGACAGUGAACAGCCAUUCUAUGUGGCAAAUCUAGAUGAUAUGGUUAAGAAGCACCUGAGAUGGCUCACUACAUUACCUCGAGUCAAGCCUUUCUAUGCACUGAAGUGCAACAGCUCACCAGCGGUUUUGAGGACGAUGAUUGCUCUGGGCACAGGUUUUGACUGUGCUAGCAAGGGUGAGAUUCAGCUGGCCCUGUCCCUCGGUGUGGCACCUGAUAAAAUCAUUUAUGCACACACAACCAAAGCACGGUCGCACAUCAAAUAUGCCCGUACUCAUGGAGUAAAUAUGAUGACUUUUGACAGCGAGGAUGAACUCGUAAAAAUUUCUUUCUGUCAUCCUACAGCCAGACUGGUACUCCGCAUCGCAGUGGACGACACUUGCUCGGUGAUAAGACUCAGUUCAAAGUUUGGAGCCAGACUGGGGACAGUGAAUAAGCUGCUGGGGCGUGCUCGGGAGCUGGACCUGGAUGUCAUUGGGGUCAGCUUCCAUGCAGGCAGCGGGUGCACUGAAAGUUCGGCAUUCAAACAGGCCAUAGCAGAUGCCCGACAUGUUUUUGACAUAGCGAAUAAGUUGGGAUUCCAGAUGACUCUCUUGGACAUUGGUGGAGGGUUCACUGGGAGAAAUGACUUCAAAGUCACAUUUGAAGAGGUUUCAGAAGUCAUUAAUGGAGCACUGGAUGAAUACUUCCCCUCUGACAGUGAAGUGGAGAUCAUCGCUGAGCCAGGCCGAUACUAUGUGGAAUCAUCCUUUACACUGGCAGCGAACAUCAUUGCCAAAAGAGUCAUCCUAGAUGAUACAGAACACAGUGACAUUGUGGAAAACAGCCGGGACAGAACGAUGAUGUACUACCUUAAUGAUGGACUGUACGGUUCCCUGAGUCCCAUCGUCGAUGAACCUUCUUACUACAAGUUUGAACCAUACUGUCACAGGGCUGUUAAGAGCAGUGAGCAGAAGUACCAGUCUAUCAUCUGGGGUCCAACCUGCGACAGCACUGAUAAACUAACUGACGACUACUGGCUUCCUGAGUUGCACGUGGGGGACUGGCUUCUCAUCGACAACUCGGGUGCUUACACUGUUAGUUUAUGCACUGAAUACUGUGGUUUUGAAAGAACACGCAUUUACCUUGUUGUGACAGCUGAAACAUGGCACGCCUUAAACCUUUCUCACAUUUAAAACAUUAUCUGUUAAUAACGUGGUAACACUUCUCUCUCAGUAUAUAAGGUGCUACUGAAUUGUAUGAAGAACACAAAAGAUAAGCAUAAAUAUAAUAAAUACAUGCAGAAAUGAAUAACUAAAUACAUAAAAGAAGGAAAAAUAAAUACAUUUGUGUAAUAUAAAUGGCUAUUUCUGUUUUUUUAACAUUUAUUUAUUUUAAUGUGAAUUCAUUUAUUCAAUUAUAAGUUUAUUUAUUUAUUUAUUUAUUUAUUUAUGUAUUUCUAAAUAUAUUCAUUGGAUUAUUUUUGUGCCUGUAUGUCAACUGAGUGGUUGGUACACUCUAAGAAAUAAAAUGUUGUAUUUAC